AUGGGCUACAUCGGCGUCUCCCUCAUCCUCGCCUCCUUCGUCUGGGUCAUCCUCGCCCCUCCGCCAUGGAUACACCCCUUCAUGCCGCCCUUCCUCCUCGCCUGGCGAAACGACACAAAGCUUCUACCGCCCUCUGCGCGGUCAAAGUCCCCUCCUCCACCGCCGCCCAAAGACCAACAUGAAUCCAAGACGACUGCGAACGGGCACGCAUCCGAGCCCUUGCCCAAGGAACAGCCACGCGAAACCCCUCCUCCGCCGACGCUCAACCUCCCCGAAGACCCCGUCGCCGCACCGGCCCCCGCGCCGCCCAAAACCGUUCAACAAGAUACCGCCGCCGUCGCCGCCGUCGCAAUGGCUCCUCCUCCCCCGGUCAUCCGUCGCUCGUCCCCGAAUCCUCUUCCUCCGGCACCGCCCAUGGUAACCGAGCCAGAAGUCGAGCCAGAAACCGAGGAACAAACAACACCAAAAGCGAAACCUGCCUCCCCCGCCAUACCCAUACCCUCCUUCACCCUCGAAGAAUCCUCAAAGGCACCCGCAGCGCCCUCCCUCGGCGCAACACUCUCUUCAGCAUCUUCCUCCCCUAGGCCCGCGCUUGGCAAAGGAAGCAUGCCCCCUCCGCCGCCGCCAUCCACUUCGAACAACAUGAUGCCGCCGCCCGCCUCGACAUCCCGCGGCCCAGUGCCCCCACGCCUAGCCGCCUUCCCCGCCAUGAACUCCCCUCAACGCGCGCGCGGCCCCGUACCGAACCGCGGACCAUCCGGAGGCUCCUCCUCCCUCGGUUCCUCCCUCGCGCCGCCACCAACACACUCCGCCAAGGCCCCCAAACCGACCCGGAAAGUCAUCCUCACGCCGGGCCACUCCCCCCUCGACUGGGCGCGUAUAUCAGGCCCCAAUGCCGACCUGCGCAACCUCCCCGCCUCGACGCCGUACCUCAAGGUAACACCCUCGAUGCUCAAGAAGAUGACGGGCCGCAAGGGCAAGGACGCCUGGAUGGCGUUGGGGGGAAGGGUGUAUAACAUCACGCCGUACCUGCCAUAUCACCCGGCUGGCGAGCCCGAGUUGCUGCGCGGCGCGGGACGCGACGCGACGAAGCUGUUUGGGGAGAUUCAUCCCUGGGUCAACUACGAGACUAUGCUCUCCGCGUGUCUCGUGGGCCUGUUGGUCGAUGAGGACGAGGGCGCGAAGCCGAGUGCGAUGGAUGAGAUGGACUGA